AUGUGCCAGGGAGUGCAGAGCCUGCUGCUGCUGGGGGAGGAUGGCAAGGAUGCCACCUGCGUGAGGUGCGAGCAGGUGGAUGAGCUGCUCAGCCUGGUGGCGGAGCUUAGGGAGGAGGUGCCUCUAUGUCACAGGUUUGAAGCCCUGACACUGGAGGGCGAGGUGGCUGAGGAUGAGGUGGAAGGGCUGCCUCCGAGCUUUUCUAAGGAGAGGAGGUCGUCUCCACGCUUGAAGACUGCCUCCAGCUCAGGAAGGAGGGCUGGGGAUGAUAGGGUUGAAUCCCUACGGGUAAAGAUCAGGGGAAGGGCUGACAAGGCAGACAUCCUGGUGGGCGUCUGCUACAGGCCACCGAACCAGGAUGAAGAGAAGGAUGAGGAGUUCUACAAGCAACUGGUGGAAGCUGCACGAUUGCCGGCCCUUGUCCUCAUGGGGGACUUUGGCUUCCCUGACAUAUGCUGGGAAUACAACACAGUGCAGAAGAAGCAGUCCAGGAGGUUUCUGGAGUGUAUGGAGGAUAGCUUUCUGAUGCAGCUGGUGAGAGAGCUGAUGAGGAGCUGCCCCGCUAGACCUGCUGUUGACAAACAGAGAAGGUCUGGUCAGACCAGUUAUCCUCAGGGAACUCCACUCUCUGACCUGGUGGUCUCAGCUGGGGUGCAGACUGAACCCCCCCCGAUUCAGGAGGAUGCAAUCAGAGACCUGCUUCUCCAGAUGGACUGUCAUGAGUCCAUGGGGCCGGAUGGAUUCACCCAGAGAGCUGAGGGAACUGGCGGAGAAGGGUCGUUAGGAGGAUUCAGGGAGCUACAGGGCUGUCAGCCUGACCUCGGUGCAGGGAAGGUUAUGGAGCGGAUUGUCCUGAAGGAGAUCACGUGGCAGGUGUGGGACAACCCGGGGAUCAGGCCUAGCCAGCAUGGGCUCAGGAAGAGCAGGUCCUGCUUGACCAACCUGAUCUCCUUCUAUGAUCUUCUGACCCGUCUGGUAGACGAGGGAAAGGCUGUGGAUGUGGUCUGCCUAGGCUUCAGCAAGGCCUUUGACGCUGUCUCCCACCUUAUUCUCCUGCAGAAGCUGGCAGCCCGAGGCUUGGACAGGUGCACUCUUGGCUGGAAAUCACCACCUUUCCUGGAAGAGGCUCAGGCCCUCGUGAAACUGAAAGCGCUUCUCCAGCUCAGUUUUCAGAGAAUACCCGCCAUGGAGUCCCAGGAGAAGAGAGCAGAGGAUUUGGAAAAGGCAAAUCUUGCUAAACAACAGCUGGCAGAACUAUUUCAGAGCGAAGGACUGGAUGAAGAAUACUGGCUUAUCGUGUUGUUGAAGGUAUUAGGUGUGAAAUCAAAAGAAGCCUUGAAACAUCUGCAAUAUGAAGACUAUCUGAAGCUGGAGAGUGCGGUACGGUACCCCUGGGAGAAAACGGCACUCCGAAAGCUUCUCCAAAUUACAGACAACAAAGAAACUCUUGAGCAGCUGCAGAAGCAGUGCCUGGAGAUGAUGAAGCAGAGGCAAGAAGAAGCCAAGUUAGCUCUGCAGAAGCUGAAAGAAAUGCAUCACAGCCUCAGCCAGAGCAACGAGAUUUUAAGACAGAAAGAGGAGGCACUAUGGCAAGCCAUGGACAUUUCCAGGAAGUACUGGCCACUACCAGAGAAGGCCUUGGCAGAUGUGCUUGCAAGCACCCAGAAGCAACUGGAGCAGCAGGAGAUGUCUUUGGGCAGGAGUGAGAAUGUCUCUGACAAGGAUGUCCUGAGACGGGCGUCAGGAGGGCUGGCUCUGCAGGGCAUUUACCAAACCAACAGCCUGGAAGAUGUGCUGGCAAAGCGAGAGCAGCUCAUCAGAGUCCCAGCUGGUUUCAGGCUUGCUGGUCCGGAGCAAGGGUCACUGCUGGAGAGGAAGGAGUUCUCCUCCUCUGCAGCAGAAGCCAAUUUCACCAACCAGUGCGAAAUUGAAAGUGACAAGUCUGCAAUAAGAAGAAAGCAACUGGACAAGGCCCUUCCUCUCAAUCAUCUGAUGAAAUCAGUCCUUGGCUUUCUCCUUUCACAGCCCGUCAACACCAAGAAAUACUUCCUGCAGUGGAUGAAGAUCUUCAUGGAUGAUCUGUCCUCCGAUCGCCUUGAUGAACUGAAGAGAGAGUAUCAUCAGUUAUGGUCUCAAAUCCUGGCAAUAAAGAAAAGCAUUGAAGGAAACAACUCCAAAACUCUAAUGAUGAAAAAGUUAGAUUCCCUUUCCAGUGAAAUCAAUGAUUCGUCCAUUGGUCUUGAGCAUAUUUUGAGAGAGGUAGGACAGAUUUAUGAGGCUCUUGAAUCAACAGACUCCAAAGAUGAACGUUUACAAAAACUACCUGAAAUUGCAGCUGAUCUGAUGGUUUCAGGGUACCCCAUUGAGCUGAUGGAUGGUGAUGCUUCGUACGUACCCUUACAAUGGGUUGCAGCAAUCUUUGACAGGUUAAUUGAGAAGUUAGGUGACACGCGAGUCUUUGUCCUGUCCGUGCUUGGCAUCCAGAGCACAGGGAAGUCAACUCUACUGAAUGCCAUGUUCGGUCUCCAGUUCAGUGUCAGUGCUGGCAGAUGCACGCGGGGAGCUUUUAUGCAGCUCAUUAAAGCGGACGAGGAGCUGCAGCGGGAUGUGAACUUUGAUUACAUGCUGGUUGUGGACACGGAGGGACUUCGUGCCAUAGAGAUGGCCAAUAAGCACUCACUGAAUCAUGACAACGAGCUGGCCACCUUUGUCAUUGGCAUUGGCAACAUGACACUGAUUAACAUCUUUGGAGAGAACCCUUCAGAAAUGCAAGACAUCCUUCAGAUCGCAGUGCAGGCUUUUCUGAGGAUGAAGCAAGUCAAGCUUUCCCCAGGCUGCCUGUUUGUACAUCAAAACGUGGGCGAAAUAACGGCAAAGGAACAGAACAUGGAAGGACAAAGGCGUCUGCAGGAGAAGCUGGAUGAAAUGACAGUGACAGCAGCCCAGCAGGAAUUCUGUGACAUCACCUGCUUCAGUGAUGUCAUCCGCUUUGACGUGAACACUCACAUUCAUUACUUUGCUCACCUGUGGGAGGGUAACCCGCCAAUGGCACCACCCAACCCCACCUACAGCCAGAACGUCCAGGAAUUAAAGAGCAAAAUUCUCCUAGCUGCCAGGAAGGAAUCUCCAGGCAGUGUUCUGAGGCUCUCCAGCUUGAAAGUUCGUAUUUGUGACCUGUGGAACGCCUUGCGGAAUGAAAACUUCAUUUUCAGCUUCAAGAACUCGGUGGAGAUUGCUGCAUACAAGAAACUGGAAACCUCCUUUAGUCAGUGGACCUGGAAACUGAGAAGGCGCAUCUUAGACUUGCAAAUGCAGCUGGACAAUAAGGUUCGGAACGGAAAGCUGGAGAAAAUCACCACAAAAGAACUUGAAAAACAGGUGCAAGAAACAAGUGAUGCCAUCACCAAAGAAAUGGGGAAGUUCUUCAGUGAGGACAGAGACUGUGAGAUACUGAUUCAGUGGAAAACUAAUACGGAACUGAAGCUGAAAGAUCUACAAGCAUCCCUUCUUGAUGAAACCAGGAGGAAGUGUGAGAAACUGCUAGAACUAAAGAAGAACCAGAGUAGACUGGAUGAGAGGAAAUCUGAAUAUGAAAAUGAGCUCCUGAAAAAGAGCAGGGAGCUGGCUCUGUCUGUAAAAGGCCAGGGAUUAAGUGAACAAGAACUGAGAAGGAACUUUGAUUCCCUCUGGCUAACCUGGGUUACUGAAGUGUCUUCUAAUGCUCCCCCUCUGGAAGAGGUGAACAUUGAUGCGGAAAUAGAAAGUGUCCUUCUAGAACACUUUAAGGAGCCUAAAAUAGAUGAACGAAUUGGGAAGUUUUCCAAACAGGCCACCUUUUCACUUGAUGAGAAGAAACACGUAUCCAAGAAAAAGAUUUGGUAUAAAUUUUGGUCUCAUUUGAGUGAGUCUGAUUUGAGCACCUUACAGCUCAUUACAGAUCGCAUCAUAAGGCGUGUGAAGGAAAACAUUGACCAGAAGGAAAAGGACAAAAUGGAUUACAGUCACACUUUUAUUCAUGAAAUACUAAAGGAAGUGCAAGAAGGUACGGGUACUGUCCCUAGCACUGAAAAAUAUACAUUUACCAAAGAUUACAGCAUAGAUCUUUCAGUGUAUCUGUGCAAAACGGCAGCAGCCAGGUUCAAAGACAUGCACGCAGCCUUUAGGAAAGCAAAUGACCCAGUCAUCUACCUGGAGAGCAAGAGAGAAGAUUUCUUCACAUGUUUCCAGAUUUCUUGCCAAGGAGCCACUUCUAUCACAACAUUUGCUGAUUUCCUGUGCAGCAAGAUUGCCCCAGGUCUUCGCCUGGCCGUCUAUGACAAGACAGCUCUUGUCAUAGCUGAACGCAUGAGGAGCGAAAUACCAGAUUUCAAUGGCAGUAGAGCCAAUCUGGAAGUUUGCAUACUGAAGUACCUGGCACAAGAAGAGAAGUUUGAAAAAUUCAAGCUGUACCUUACUUCCCCAGUAGACUUUUUGGAGACUUACAUUCAGACACAUGUUGAGACAUACUGUUCUGAUCAGAACAGUCGGCUGGUGAUGUUUUUAGAUACAACUCUUGCCCAGUACUAUGAAGCCAUUCUGAAAGCUGUCGUUGCAUCAACCACAUUUGUUAAGGACAGAAGAGACAGCAAUAAGAGAAUCUCUCUUUGGCUGGAUGAAUUCUGCAGAGAACUUGGAGGGGUCCUAAGAUUGCCCAGGAGUGACCUGGUUGGCAUUGAACACCUGGAGAUAACAGACAUAGAGUUCCUGAAUAACGCCAUGACGGAGGCACUUUCUCCCCUGAGGGAUCUUCUCAAGGAAGAGUUUGCUCGUGCUGAUUUGAGCUCAUUUGAAAAGCAGCCUCAUAAAACACUGCUGGAACAGUUUCCAGGGUGCAAGGAGCAGUGUCCAUUUUGUAAGGCAGUUUGCACAAACACUAUACCAAACCAUGAUGGAGACCACCAGCUUGUCUUCCAUCGUCCAAAAGUUUUGGGCAGAUACAAAUGGUAUAAAACAGACAACUUGGUCAUUGAUAUUUGCUCUAGCAGUGUUGUCAGCGAGUGUUCCUUCAGGAUUGGUGAAGACACAUGGAUCCCAUACAAGAAAUACCGAACUGCAGGACAUCCUUAUUCCACUUGGAACAUUCUUCCUGAUACAUCCGUGCAAAAAUACUGGAAAUGGUUUGUGUCUUAUUUCAGGGCACAGCUAGAAGAAUUCUACGAAGGUAAAUUUCAAGGUAGAGGAGAAAUCCCUGAUUCAUGGCGCACAGUUACAAAGCAGGAAGCACUUGACGAACUGAGGUAGGCUAAGUUGACAUGAAGGAAAAUCUGCAACUGCUUUGCAUUUUGGAGGAACAUGGCAUGAGGACAUCCACAAAAUAUUGUUGUGACAAUUACGGCCUUCCACGGUUUCAUAAGAACUGCAUCUAACUGCUUGUAAAGCUGGACAGAACGAGGUGUGCUACUCCUGCCACUCCUCAGAAAUGCCCCUGCUUCAUGAUAAAGUCAAACUCCUCUUCUUGCCAUAGAUACUUGCAUCAGCUUUGUCUCAGAGCAAGAAAAGAGCACAUUUCUGCAGCAACCAUUCAUACAGACAAGGUUGAGACCAAGGCAGCAUUGGAAAGUACCAAAUUAUCUGCAGCUAUGUGAAAAUAAAUGACUGGCAAAAGAACAGAUUCCCUGCAGGAAAUCCUUGUCACACUUAAAGAAAGGACAGUGAUGUCUGAGAGCAGGUAAACAUUUGUGGGGAGCUGAAAACCCCUUCUUGCUAAACUUAGUGCUCAGCUCAGUUAUAGUGAUUUAAUUGCACGUUCAUUAGGUAUCCUUCCUAUGCUAAGAUGUGCUCACACUCCCAUGAGCUCCUGCUCAGAUCCCCUGGCACACUUCCCUCCAUCUUGCAGCCAAUCUAACUACAUUGAGCAUGUGCUUGGAUUCUGGGCAAAAGUCCCCCGUAUAACCAACGUAGAGAAUUAGUUAUCUCUGCAGCUUCCUCAGUAGGCAUCAGCAGUGUGUGAUGUCAGCAUCUGUGUUGUGAAGGCAGGUGGGAACUGGUUGCUGGUCUGGAGAACAUCUCACCAGCUCUGCCUGCACCAGCACAGCAGACAGUGGGGUUUGCUGCACAGUUCCUGCAGUACAGUUGAUUCUCCUGGAGAUCUGAUGAUUCGUUAUAAUUUGUAGUCUUUGCUAAUAAACUGGUAGAGUUGGACUGGA